UCAAAAGCACAUCAAUGGUAGUAAUGAGUACUCUCAAAAACUCAAUACAUCCAUGGCUAAUUUGGCUAAUUUCCAUAAAAUUCAUUACCUCUUCACCCUUAUUAUUUUCCUCACUUUUUUCACAUCUACUAAUUCAUGGGAUGACCCUUUUUUCCUAUACCAAUAUUGCUCAAGCAACCGAACAUCAGCCUAUACUUCAUUCCAAUUUGAUCUCACCACCCUCCUCUCUUCCUUAUCAUCCAAAGCCACAAAAAACACAAACACACAAUUCUACAACACAACAUUCAUUGGAAACAAUCCUUCAGACACAAUCUAUGGCAUGUUCUUAUGUAGGGAUGAUGUUCCCUCUCAACUUUGUCAACAAUGUAUACUAAAUGCAACACAAAGACUUUCCUUGCAAUGUUCUUUGUCUAAAGAAGGUAUUGUUUGGUACAAUGAAUGUAUGGUUUGGUAUUCGACAACCUUUAUUUUCUCCACGGUUGCAAGGACAACACCUACUUUUAACUUGUUGAAUACUGACAAAGUCGCAAACCCGAAAAGUUUCAUGAGUUUAUUGUUUUCUACAAUGAACAAAACUGCAGAUGAAGCAGCUUUUGGUGACAAAAAAUUUGCAUCAAAUGCAAUAACUAUAUCGAAAUUUCAAACCCUUUAUUGUUUAGUUCAAUGCACACCAAAUUUGUCACCACAUGAAUGUAGAAGUUGUCUAAGUGGAUUGAUAGAGGAACUUCCAGUGUGUUGUGAAGGAAGAGUUGGAGGAAGAGUUCUAAAUCCAAGUUGUAAUAUUAGGUAUGAAUUCUACCCUUUUUAUAUCUCUUCUAAUGGUUCAUCAAAUCCUUCAUCACAACAAAUUAUACUUCCCCAAACAAAAAAUUUAGAUGCUGAUUCAACUAUUUCAGAACACCCUUUUUACCUUUCACACAAUUGUUCUAGUAACAAAACCUUCACUUUUAGUAACACUUUCAAGAAACACCUUACAACCCUUUUUUCCUACAUGUCUUCUAAUGCCACUAAAAGUCUAUUUCAUAAAGCUGAAGUUGAAAAUACAACUUUUGGACUCUUCAUGUGCCGUGGCGAUGUUCCCUUUUCGUUAUGUGAGCAGUGUGUGAAAAAUGCAACACAAAGAAUAAGCAAAGAGUGUAACAUUUUUCAAGAGGGUAUAAUUUGGUAUACUCAAUGCAUGAUUCGGUAUUCGAAUUGGAAUUUCUUCUCUAUAGUGGACAAAACUCAUGUCUAUUAUGAGAUGAAUAUUACUAGUGAUUCUAGUCCCAACAAGGAGAGAAACUUGUUCAAUUUUGUUAUAUCAACUACCUUAUCAAAUGUGGCAAUUGUGGCAGGAGAUAGUGAUGAAAGAUUUGGAACAAAAUCACUGAAAGUGAAUGAUUUGCAAACACUUUAUACACUUGGUCAAUGUACACAAGAUUUGUCAAGUGAUGAUUGCAAAGGUUGUUUGGGAGAUGUUAUUGGAAAUAGAAUUCCUUGGCCUUAUUUGGGAAGUGUUGGUGGAAGAGUUUUAUAUCCUAGUUGUAAUUUGAGGUUUGAAUUGUUCCAAUUUUAUAGGGACAAUGAGACAGUUCCUAAACCAAUAAUUAAACGUUAUUCAUCAGGAAAAAGAAGAAAAUUGCCGCAAACAAUUACCGUGAUUGUUGUGGUCACAUUUAUUCCAGUGAUACUCUUGUUUGUUGGAUGCUAUUUGCUAAAGAGAAGAGCAAGAAAGAGUUUUAGAACUAUUCUCAGAGAAAACUUUGGUCAUGAAAGUGCAAUUUUAGAGCCAUUGCAAUUUGAAUUAGCUGUAAUUGAAGAAGCAACCAACAACUUUUCAAGUGAAAAUUUCAUUGGCAAAGGUGGAUUUGGAGAAGUUUACAAGGGCAUUCUUUCGGAUGGACGACAAAUAGCUGUAAAAAGACUCUCAAGAACCUCUACGCAAGGUGCAAAAGAGUUCAAGAAUGAGGUUUUGUUGAUCGCCAAGCUUCAACAUCGAAAUCUAGUCACGUUCAUUGGUUUUUGCCUCGAAGAACAAGAGAAAAUACUUAUUUAUGAAUAUGUGCCAAACAAGGGACUUGAUCAGUUUUUAUUUGAUUUUCAACGAGCAAAGUUCUUAAGUUGGUCUCAACGUUACAGUAUUAUAAGGGGAAUUGCUCAAGGAAUUCUCUAUUUGCAUGAACAUUCUCGACUCAAAGUUAUUCAUCGUGACCUCAAACCUAGUAAUAUUUUAUUAGAUGAGAACAUGAUUCCAAAAAUAUCAGAUUUUGGUCUUGCUAGAAUUGUAGAACUAAACCAGGACAAAGGAAGUACAAAUAGGAUCGUGGGAACAUUAGGUUAUAUGUCUCCAGAAUAUGCGAUGCUCGGGCAAUUUUCUGAGAAAUCUGAUGUUUAUAGUUUUGGAGUCAUGGUUUUAGAAAUUAUUACCGGAAAGAAGAAUAUUAGGUCUUAUGAAUCACAUGUUGGUGAUGGCCUCCUGAGUUAUGUUUGGAAACAAUGGAGGGAUGAAAUACCAUUAAGCAUAUUAGACCCAAAUAUUAAAGGAAGAUAUUCUGAAAUUGAAGUAAUUAAAUGCAUUCAGAUUGGUUUAUUAUGCGUUCAGCAGUUCCCAGAUGCAAGACCUACCAUUGUUUCAAUUGUUUCAUAUCUUACCAAUGACUUCAUUGAAUUGCCAACCCCACAAGAAUCUGCAAUUGUGUUCCAUCGUCAAAUGGAUGCAAAAGAGAUUCCACAAGAUUCAAGUUCAAGUCGGUCGAUAAAUACUUCCACACCUUUGACGAUCAACGACUUUUCUAUAACCGAAGUUCUUCCUCGAUAGUAAUUAGAAGUUACGUUAGUUUCUAGGAUCAAGCUACAAUCUCCUGCUUUAAACUCUUGGAAUAUACUUAGGUCACCAACAGAACUAUCUUAGAUGUAUGUUAUUUCUUUUUUUUUAAAGGUUAUUUCCUUUUGUUGUUGUAAUCCAAGAAUGUUUUAAUUGUAUAAUAAAAUGUAUGAAUACAAGAGAAUAAUCGAACAACCCAAAAGGUCAGAUAUUGCCAAA